AUGAUAUUUAUUGAAGGUUAGUCUAUAUUUUUCUUUUUUUCUCAAAAAAGUUUAAUUUCAGUUCGGGUACAAAAGGUGAUAUUUGUCCAAAAACAUGUGUGAUAAUCGAAGAAGUCUUGAAACAGUAGGCUAAUAUUUGCCAUCUUCCAAUUUUCAAAUAUUUGUUUUGUCGUACUUCUAUUUUUUCUUCCUUUUUUUAAUAUAAAUUUUUUUUUCGACAUAAUUAUUUAUUUUUCUGCACUUUUUCAUUGGUUUCUUUUUAACCAUGUUGAUAUAUUUUAAUGACCUUGAACAUCUUAUCAUUUAUCCCACUUUUGUCGUACAAAAUUUAUUAUUUUUUUUUGUCCUAAAAUAUGAAACCUAAACGGUGAGCUUCAUCUAAUUUCGUUUUGAAACUUGUAUUUUUUGCAGUUUUUUGAAUCAGGGGAAAAGCCAGUUUCAAUAUUAUUGUCCUCGUUUCAAAUUGCAUUCCGACGAUCAUUUGGAAGAAUAUUUUAACGAUUUAGAAGUAAUUGAUUUGAAAAUGGCACCACCAAUUAGCACAGAAGAAAAUACGGAGAAUGAGGAUUUGAUUAUUUCAUCGAGAAGAAAGAAGCAUAAGUCUAAUGAUGUUGGUUUUUCAAUUUGAAAUUUUGAAAAUUGAAACUUUUACAGUAUCUUCUUUUCAACACCGAUGCUCUCAAAUUCAUCUCAGUUGAUUCAAAGUGUAUGGAAAAGUGAGUUUAAUUUCAAUCAUUCAUGAAAUUGGCCCCGCGAGCAAAAUUUUUCAGUUAAGGUCCCCUUUCAAAAAUUGUCAAAGUGAGCCUCAUUUCCCUACGUUUUUUGAACGAUUUUGGUUAAAUCUGGGUUUUUUCCUUUCGGUGAUUUCAAAAAUCCAAAUUUGUCCAUGCUUUUUGGUCAAAAAAUCAUGAAUACAUAUCCAAAACAAGUUAAUUAAUUUUUGUCAUUCAAAAAAUUUUCAAAAUAAAUUUUUGAAACAGUGAAUUUUAGAGAGGAAAAAUUUUUAUUUUUAGAAGUUUCCGAGGUCAAAAAUUCAUGAAAAAUUCGAAAUUAUCGAUUUCCAUUAAUUUCAGAUCAAAAUUUGUUUCAGAUAUACGUGGUUGGGAGAACGCCUUCGCCUGACAUUCAAAAUGAUGAGAAGUGAUUCAAAAUUGAUUCGAACAAUGUUACACGGACACGGAUUUAUGCAAUGUUCGAGCAAAAAUCCGAAUGUGAAUGUGAUUUGGUCUGGAGCACCAAUGAAAAAUAUUCGAAUGAGAGAUUUGAUGCCAUGGCAAAGAUUGAAUCAAUUUCCAAGAUCAACUGAACUAACAAAAAAAGACAGAUUGUAUGAAAAUAUUGAAAGAUCGAAAAGUAUUUUUGGAACACCUUUUGAUUUUGUAAGUUUUUAUUUGAGCUUUUAUCGAGUUCAUUAAUUAUUUUAUUUCUAGAUUCCUGAAUUUUAUGUAACACCAAGAGAAAACAAGAAAAUGACAGAAGCAUUUGAUCGGCUCAAUCAGGAAAUUAUAGAAAAUGGUGGAGAAUUCUGUUUUCCAGGAGAAUUUAUUGUAAAACCAACAAAUUCAAGACAAGGAAAAGGCAUCUUUUUCGCCAAUAAAAUGGAAGAUAUUCCAACAGAUGGACCACUUUUGGUUUCGAGAUAUUUGUCAGAUCCUCUUUUGGUAAACAAACAUAAAUUUGAUUUGAGAAUUUAUGUUGCUGUCACAUCAUUUUAUCCAUUGGUUUGUUAUAUUUAUUCAGAAGGUUUGGCAAGGUAAUUUAUUCCAUUUUUAAUCCAUUUUUUAAUCCCAUUCAUUUUAGAUUAGCAUCAAUGCCAUAUGAUAGUUCCUCAUCUUCGGAUAGCAACGAAUUCGUUCAUCUCACAAAUUACAGUAUUAACAAAAAUUCCGAUUCAUUUGUUAGAAAUGAAAGUAUGACAUCAGAAGAUUUGGGACACAAAUGGACGCUUGGAGCACUUUUGAGACAUUUGGACAACGAAGGAAUUGAUUCGAAAUGUAAGUUUUUCAAAAAAUGAUAGAAUUAUUGUAAUAAUUGUGUGUUUUUUACAGUAAUGAUGAUUCGAAUCGAAGAUUUGAUUGUUAAAAGUUUAUUAUCAAUUCAAAAUUCGGUUGCCACCGCCAGCAAAACUUUGUUGAAAUUCCAUGGAACAAAUUUCGAAUUGUUUGGAUUUGAUGUUCUUGUUGACAACGAAUUGAAACCAUGGUUAUUAGAAGUUAAUUUGUCCCCAAGUUUAGCCUGGUUAGUUUUUCAAAAAUUUCACCAAAACUAUGUUCUUUUCCAGUGAUGCUCCUUUGGAUUCAUUGAUCAAAACUCGAUUAAUUGCCGAUUUGAUGAAUUUGGCAUGUAUUCCUUUGAUUGAAAAGAAAAUAAUUGAUAGUGUGAGUGCAACAAUAAAAAAUGCGAUUUCGAAUUCGGGAGAAGAACCAGAAGAUAUUGAAUAUAAAUUGGAAAUGGAUCCAAAAUGUGUGAAAACAUUGAAAAGAAGACCUGUUGGAAUUAGAGUUAGUUCAAGUUCAAAAUUAUUUUUUCUCUAACCCUCGUUUUUUUCAGCGAAGUGUUUUGAAUCGAAAAAUCGCUAGUGGUCAAACAUCUCUAAUUACUCCAAAUGAACAAAAAAUGGAUCAAAUUAUUAGAAGAGUUAAUGUUGAAAAUGAAAGAAAAGGAGAUUUUAUUCGAGUUUUUCCUCGAAUUUCAACUUGGAGUUUGUAUUCAGCAGUUAUGGAAGAUUUAGGAUAUGAUGAUUUAGAUCAAAGAUUAUAUGAAGAAUUAUUUGAAAAUAUUGAAAGAGAAGGUUCGAUGGAAAAGAAAAUGAGAAAAAAUGAGGAGGAAAAUGAAGAAUUGUUCCAUGAAAUUAUGAUGAACGCAAAGAAAUAUCCAGAUUUUACAAAAAUCCCACAAAAUAUGCAAGAAAUUCUGAAGCCAUGGUAUUUGGAAGCCGGUGAAUAUACAAAGAAAAUAACUGUUGAAGGGGAAAAAUAUGCGAGUAAAUUGCCGGCGAUUCGACCAACUGCAAGACUUCGAACAAAGAGUUGCGCUGAAUAUUAUGAAGUUAGAAGAGGACAACUUAUUAAGAAGAAAGAAGUUGAAUUGGCACAAAAAAUGUAGGUUUCAAGUUAGAAUAACUAUAAAGAAAAUUAUGAGGGGAUUGCGGAUCUCUAUGUUUUUGAAAUUUGAGACUCUGAAACUUAAUUAUUGAUGGCAAAAUAUGCUCUUUUCGCAAAUAGCUAGAUUUUAAUUUAUAUUCUAAUUAAAAUAAAAAGUUUUUUUUGCCUGUGGCAAGGGUAGGCUUACAAGGAAUGGUUUUCAAUGUUCCCCCAAGGAAAAAAUCGAGAGUAUGUGGAAUGUUGAGGGUUCCCGUGGGUAAGAAAAACCCUAACGGGAAUAAGGAGAAAAAUGCCUUAUUCUCGAGAAAAAAUGUAUUUUAGGUCGAUUUUUACACCAUUUUUUGAUUUUUAGAGCAUCUGUAACUCGAUUUUGAAUCUAUUUCAUGAACUUUUGAGUCGUGGAAGUUGUUCAGAAUGGUCGAUUACGUGUUUGUGAAACUUUUUAUCAAAAAAUUAGACAUUUUUUGAAAUUUGGUUUUUUUAGUCGGGGUUUUUCUGAUCAAAUGGUCACCAAAAAACACAAAAAAUAAUUUUUUCCAUUUUCAAAUGAACGGAACUUGAAAAAUUUAGGACGGUCAACAGACGUAAUUUGGUCCGUAGAAUCCAAAAAUCAUAGUCUCGAUUCACACAAACUUCUCCUUCACAACGAAAACGUUGAUUUUCUAUGAAUUUUUCAAACUGGAUUUUUGAUUUAGUGGACUUUUGGGACCAAAAUUAUUUUAUUCCUAAUUUUAGUCGGAGUAAUACUAAAGUACGCCGUUUGCGCUACAAAUGGAUUUUUAGACUGACAUUUUUCAUUAAUUUUGAAAAAAGUUUCGAUUUUUUUUAAAAAUUUCAUCGCAAAAAUCAAUAACACCAAAAUUUUCUUAAACAAGGCAUUUUUCUCCUUAUUCCCGUUAGGGUUUUUCUUACCCAUGGGAACCCUCAACAUUCCAUAUACUCUCGAUUUUUUCCUUGGGGGAACAUUGAAAACCUUUCCUUGUUAGAGAAAAAAUGAGAAUUUUUCAAAAUUUUAGGAUUUUCAAGAGUUUUUAUUCUUUAUAGGUUUUUACACGUCAUAGCUUUAGCAGUUAGUGAUUUUUUAAGUUCGCGACCCUCUCUCCAAAAAGUUCCUCGUAACAUUUUUCAAAAUGCGCGUCAAAAAUCAUUUGUAUUAAAAAAAAUUUAAAAUAGAAAAUGAUAAAUUGUCUUUGUUCUUUCUUUUUCGCGCGCAAAAGUUUAAAAUCUGGAUUUUUCAUUUCUUUUAGUUGUUACGAAUAUUUUCUUUUCAAAAAAUCGAGAAAAAUAGUACUUUUGUCGCAUUUGUUUCCUCUUUUGUCUGGAAAUAAAUUGAAUUUUCCCCCUUUUUUUCUCUCUAAAAGUGUUUUUUUCCAUUUUUUACAAUCAGUUUUUUCACGAAAAAUAUACGAUUCCAUUUAUUUCAUUUUUUCAGGGCAUCCGACAAAGAGAAUAAUACGAAUUGA